AUGCGCGAUGCUUAUCCCCGCAAAUGCUCUUCUCCUCCUCAUGCGAGUUUGCGACCACAAGAGCCCAGCAGCUAUUCUGAAAACAUCAAGAGAUUGUCACAAAUGGUGAAGAAGAAGCCUGUGAGCGCAGAUCAUCUUCUGGUGGCGUGGUCCGAAUUUUUAGCCGAAUUCAAAACCCUGGAAAAUCUUGUUCCAGCCGGUACAAAACUAAAUUUCGUUCAGUAUCAUUCAUUAGACGUUAUCGCCUUCCUGUUGUCGAUCUUGGCCGUUAUUCUCUUCGUUUAUGGAAAUUGUUGA